AUGGCUGAUGACCAGCAAGAAAGACAAAUUGAAUUAAAACUUGAUACUAAAUUUGAUUACCACGAGUUCCUCGAUCAAAAUCUCAUCACAGAUUGUGUUCUUGUCAUUGAUGGACAAGAAAUUCAUGCACAUAGAGUAAUUCUUGCAAAUAGUUCAAGUUAUUUCAAUAACAUUUUCACUAGUGGUAUGACAGAAGAUAUUACUAAGAAAGUUGAGAUUAUUAAAAAUCCAGAAAACGUAUUUUCUUUAGUUCUUCGUUGGAUGUAUACAGGAAACCUCCAAUUUCCUAAGGAAAAGAUUCAUGCUAUCAUAGAAGUUGCUAAGAUAUAUGGAGUUAAUGCUCUUCUUGAUCUUCUUGAAAAUUAUUUAUCGAAAUUAUUUGAAGCACCGCUUGAAAGUAUUACAGAUUUCAUCAAUGCAACAUACGAUAAAAGAUAUCCUGAUGGAACAAAGUAUGAAAAUACUCUCUUCAUUGUUGCUAAACAUCUCGCACAUUAUUUGCCAUCAUGCGCUGAAUCAGAUGAACAACUUAACAUUAUUUCAAAUCUAGUCGAUUGCAAAGCAUGGGGUAUCGCUCUCAGCCAUUAUACUGCUGAUUCUGAACCAAAGAAAGAUUUAGAAAAGAAGAUCGACCUCACACUCAAAUUCCUCAACUCUACAAACGAUUACAAAUUAACCGAACAAGAUGUUAACAACUUAAAGAUUGGUUUCGAAGGUUUACCAAAUAAUACGAAAUUAGAGAAAUUCUAUAACAAGCUUUAUAACAAAUGCCAAUAA